UUUGAAGCUUCGUGACAACCUGAGUGAGUCACCUCUCCUGGCGGAGGGGCGGAGCUCUGCACUCCACCCCGUGGCUGCUCCACGGCUGCACACGCCCCUCAAAUCUUUUCCUCUCCGCCUCCCGUGUUUUUCCUGGGGGCCAGUUUAGGCCCCGCGCGUGUCCAUGCAAAGUGGAAACGACUGCGGGGACCGUCCCUUUGCAAAGAGGCAUAAUCCUCGUCGCCAUGUCUGGGGGUUUCGCGCUGCAGUCGCAGGAUGGCGGUCCCCGGGUUGCCCUGGCGCCCGGGGAGACGGUGAUCGGCCGUGGGCCGCUGCUGGGAAUUACAGACAAAAGAGUGUCCAGAAGACAUGCGAUUCUUGAGGUGGUGGGUGGUCAGCUUAGAAUUAAACCGAUACACACAAAUCCAUGUUUUUAUCAGUCUUCCGAGAAGAGCCAGCUCUUACCAUUGAAGACAAAUUUAUGGCACUGGUUGAAUCCUGGGGAUAGGUUUUCUUUGUUAGCCAACAAAUACAUAUUCUGUGUUUUUUCUACACACUCUGAAACACAAAUGGAAUGUACUUUAAGAAACAGUCAAAUGCUUGAUGAAGAUGUUAUUUUGAAUGAAAUACCAACAUCUUCCCUGAUGAAUUUGCCUGAUGAGACAGUGAGUGCCCCACAAUGGGAAAGAAGCCCAGAAAUAGCUGAGGCCCAGACUGCUAUGGCAAAUAGUGUGUCUUUCCUAGGUGAAUGUACAAAUUUUAGUAAACAACAGCCAAACCCUGGCCAGAGGAAAAGAAUCCUUCCAGCAUGGAUGUUAACAGAAAAUCUGAGUGAUCAGAAUCUUCCAGCAUCAGUCAUUAGUGAAGGUAAUAAUAUCAUUCAAGAAAGUGGAAAAAGGGGAAUCUGCAAAAAUAAAACGCAAGGAAACCUAGCACAGCAAAGAAGAAAGCUAUUCAUUUCAUCAGAAAGUUCAGAAGGCACAUCAGCAGAGCAAGACACAGGGCAACAAUGCAGAGAUGUUGAUCAGGAGGAGUCUGUCAUUUCAUCAAAGGAAAUACCACAAUCAUUUUCUUCAAGCACAUUAAGUUACACACAGAUGAAUAAUACAGUAAGUGAUACACGGAGAAACAAAAUUCCAAAAGAGGAACUUGGUAAGGUUUCUGAACAUAAAUUCAUUACUAAAGGAAGACAAGAUGAAGAAGAUGAGGCAGUUAACUGUUUUGAGAGUUGUUUGAGUGCCCAAAGCAAGUCAUUGCAUGAGUCUCAAGGAUCUCAUCCUAAGUCUAGUUCUAAUCCCUCAAAUCCUGAGACUUUGUAUGCACAAAGAACUGAUUCUGUUCCACAAAGUUCUGAAGAAAACAAGGUCAAAAGAACAUCCUGCAUGUAUGGUGCAAACUGCUACAGGAAGAAUCCUAUCCAUUUUGAACACUUCAGUCAUCCUGGUGAUAGUGACUAUGGAAGUGUGCAAGCUACAUGUCAAGAUGAGGCUGAUGAUCGACCUGAAUGUCCCUAUGGAGCGUCCUGUUACAGGAAGAAUCCUCAGCACAAGAUAGAAUAUAGACACAGUACACUUCCAGUGGGUAGCAUUUCAGAUGAAGACAGUGAUAAUGUUGGGCCAUCCAAUGAGUACGACCUGAAUGACAACUUUCUAGAUGAUGAGGAAGAAGACUAUGAGCCAACAGAUGAAGAUUCUGAUUGGGAACCAGGAAAAGAAGAUCAAGAGAAGGAAGAUGUAGAAGAGCUUCUGAAAGAAGCCAAAAGGUUUAUGAAAAGAAAAAAGUGACUCUUCUCUGCAAUAAUUUAUGACUCCCAUUUACUCUAUCUUUAUGGGGAAAAAAUUCAGGAACUAAGGAGGCACUUAGGCAAUAAUUGUUUUCCUUCUUUUUAUAGUUAUGACUUUACUAUUGACUCUUUACCAAUGAAACAUUGAAAUGUCAACCUUCAGUGCAAUGGAUGGAUUUUGUUUUGUUGCUUUGCCUUUUUACCUCAUCUGUAAAGUAGGAAGCAGACAGAGAAUUAAAGAUAAAUAGUGGUUAUUUUUAAUGUAUAUUGUGUGUUGGUAAUAAAAAGUUAGAGCCAUGCAGGUUGCACAAAAGUUUGGUCUUUUUAUUUUUUUCCAGCGUCUGUCUUUACAGAAUACUAUGUAAGUAUCACCAAACAAAUUACAGCGUGAGUGAAAAAGCAUGCCUCUUUCAUUGCCACUGAAGUAAUUCUUCCAGCAGAGCCAGAUUUUGAAAAAUGGCAGCCAUCAAUGGCUAUUUUUCUGAUACCCUAGCUGUGAAUUUUUUCAUUCAUUCUGUUAGUCUCACUCUUUGAAAUAUGGGGAAAUUAGAA